CCCGUCGCGCCGGCCGCGACACUGAGGCGCAUCCCGGGACCGGCGGCUCAUGGCGGCGGCGGCUCGGCUGCUGUGUGCGUGAAGCGGCCGCCUCCUCCCCGCUGCGCCGCAGCCCUUUCCGCCGCCAUGACCGAGGAGCCGUACGAGAAGUUCCUGGCCCCCGAGGAGCCGUGCCCGCUGCUCUCGCACCAGCACCCGCCGCGGGGCGGCAGCUUGAGCCUGAGCGAGGAGGGCUGCCUGGACGUCAGCGACUUCGGCUGCCAGCUCUCGUCCUGCCACCGCACCGACCCGCUGCACCGCUUCCACUCCAACAGGUGGAACUUGACAUCUUGUGGAACCAGCGUAGCCAGCUCGGAAUGCAGUGAGGAGUUGUUCUCAUCGGUUUCAGUUGGUGAUCAAGAUGACUGUUACUCUUUACUGGAUGACCAGGAGUUCACCUCUUUUGAUUUAUUCCCUGAGGGCAGUGUCUGCAGUGAUGUGUCAUCUUCUAUCAGCACAUACUGGGAUUGGUCAGACAGUGAGUUUGAAUGGCAGUUGCCUGGCAGCGACAUUACAAGUGGGAGUGAUGUACUUUCUGAUGUUAUACCUAGUAUUCCGAGCUCUCCUUGUCUGCUUCCAAAAAAGAAAAACAAGCAUAGGAAUCUUGAUGAACUUCCAUGGAGUGCAAUGACAAAUGAUGAACAGGUUGAAUAUAUUGAGUAUUUGAGUCGCAAAGUCAGUACAGAGAUGGGCCUUCGAGAGCAACUUGAUAUUAUUAAAAUUAUUGAUCCUACUGCUCAGAUCUCACCUACGGAUAGUGAAUUCAUUAUUGAAUUGAACUGUCUCACAGAUGAAAAACUGAAACAGGUGAGAAACUACAUCAAGGAGCAUGGACCUCGUCAACGAUCUGCAAGGGAAAGCUGGAAGAGGAGUAACUACAGUUGUGCAAGUACCAGUGGUGUGAGCGGUGCCAGUGCCAGCAGCAGCAGUGCCAGCAUGGUCAGCUCAGCGAGCAGCAGUGGCUCUAGUGUCGCUAACUCCGCUUCAAACUCAAGCGCCAACAUGAGUCGAGCGCACAGUGAUAGUAAUUUGUCCACAAGUGCUGCAGACAGAAUCCGGGAUUCAAAAAAGCGUUCCAAGCAACGGAAGCUACAGCAAAAGGCCUUACGCAAGAGACAGCUGAAAGAACAAAGACAAGCCCGUAAGGAGAGACUGAGUGGAUUAUUUCUUAAUGAAGAAGUGCUCUCUUUAAAAGUGACUGAGGAGGACCAUGAAGGAGAUGUGGAUGUUUUAAUGUGACAGGGGUGAAUUUAUCAGUGUUCUUUCUAAGCCUUAAAUGUAUUAUCCUUAUUGUUUACAUCUAUUUCUUGACCAAAUUUUGAUUAGUGUUAACAAUAUAAACCAGAUCUUUUCUCAAGUGUAGUUUUGCUAAGAAGGUCUAAGUAUUGAGUAACGAGCUUUUUGAGACUAAUUUUGCAACAAAGACUUCAGAAACUUAACUAUCAUCUGAAAAGCUGCUGAAUAGAUACAAUUUUAAGGAAAGUUGAACUUGGCUAACACGCUGACUUAUGUGGAAGACAUAAAUCUGGGCUGCUUUUGAAUGACACUAAGCAUGCAUCACUAUGCUUCAGCUUUUUUAUUUUUUCCAACUUGAAGUUAAUAUUACACUUGGCUUGUUCUGUCUUCCUUUCCCAUUAUUAGGAAGAUUGUUCAGCAUGAGGAAAAACUCUUUAGUUCUAUAGGGGUUUCUUCAGUCUUGCUCUUGGAUCAUACAAAAUCGAAGUACUGUGGUAAAUCCUUUUCUAGAAGUUGCAAUUUAACCGAGACUGCACAGAAAACAAGAGGCAGGGCUUCUGAUGCAGGGAAUCUGUAACACAGAUAAUGCCUAAUAACGUAGUUCUUUAGGGAGCAAUUAGAAUUCAAAAAAACGAUUUGCAAGCUUAGUCUUUGGAAAGUUAAUUUUGCUGCUCAAUAUCUUAUAGUAUGGUUGUUACUAAUGGUUGAUCAGUACAUCCCUAGUAUUACUAUGAAAAGAUUCAAAUAAAAACACUAAUCUGCAAUUCAGUUGUCUAGGACACUACUUAAUAAUAAGUUAAAAAUGCUACUGGAAAGAGAAGUGCAAACAAGCGGCACACAACUUUUUUUUUUUUUUUUUUUUUUUUUUUUCCCCAGAAGCAUAUCUAAAUAGAUUCAUGUGGUUGGCAGGAGAACUUAAUUAAUGCAGCUGUGCUUUUUAAUUGUAUGUUUAGUUGAGGAUGUGUCUUCUUUGUGGGUUGUUACACCAUUACAUGUUUCAGAAUUGUCCUUUUGUUGUCUAUCUGCUUUUGAAAUUUCUCUUGCUAAGAAAACGAGGUAAAAUUGUGGCUUUCGAGUAGGGAGAUAAAAGUAGUUUUAACCUGUUUCCUAAUUCUGACAAUCUGUAAGGUGACCUUUGUCUUUAUCUUGGAAGUACUUGUUACAGAACUCCUUCCCCCCACAGCUGAGAUAAAAAUAAUACUUCUCAAUUUCAAUGUGAAACUUAAAAGGUUAUAAAAUUAUUUUCUAGUUCUGAGUUUAGGAACUAAUUUUUCAUUGCCUUGGUGCUUCAUUACUUUUGUUUUGCACUUGUGAAUUAAGGAGCCCGUAGGUGCCUGUAAUUGCAGAAUAUAGCACAAUCCUGCAGAAUUGCAUGGUCAGCUUUAUAUAGAACUACUCAUUUUCAUUUUGCAUGUCCUGCACAGACUUAUUAGCCCUGACAGCUGACGUAUUUUUCAUUCAGAAGUGGCAUUCCUUGUAGCCUCAAAAUAAACUGACCUGUAAAAUAUCUGAACAAUGGCCUCUGAAAGGGCUUUGAUAAGAAAUAAAAGGUCUGUAGUCAAACUAGUAUGUGUGAACUUAGUCACUCUUGCUGCUGCUAGACAGCAGGUACCCAGACUUGGCCAUUGGCUGAUUAAAAGCCACUUAAAACUCAUUUUGAACUCAAAUGUUAGUUAUCCUUUAUGGUCAGUUAUUUGGCCGCUAACCAGCAGUGACCAUUACCUGUCCGUAUUUGCCUGUACUGCACUAUAGCUGCUUGAAACCUCCCUCCCUCCUGUAGAAAAAGUACCAAAACCUUCUUAAUAGCAUACAAGUUACUGAGAAUUUAGAUUGACUUAAAUGUGGAGCUUCUUUUAAAUAUCUUGGAUGGAAGAAAAAAAUGAAUUGCUGUCAAUACGGCUAAUUUCAGGGUGCAGUUGUUGAGCUCUUGCAGCUUACCAUGGCUGUAAUGGAUGAAUUCAUCAUGAAACAUCUCACUGUAUGUACACUUCACAGUUCAGUACAACCUUUAUUUUCUGCAGUGACUUUGAAAUGUGAUUUUUUUUUUCUGAAGAAAAAUGCACACUUAGUGCUGUAGAGAAUUGAGACUGAAAUGAAAUGUAAGAAAGAUGCAAUAUCUCAGAGUGGUGGAGCAUGAAAGUGUGUCACUUUAUUCUGUUUCAGCAGCUCUUCAGAGUUUAAAAUCCUUUAGGAUUUGUUGAGAGAAGACCCCCUCAUUUUGAUGAGGUACAGUUCUUUUUGGUCACCUGUCUACUAGCUGCCAGAGAUCAUGAAAUGAAGGAGGAUAGUAUUUCCAUCUUGAUUUUAGUGGUAAGCAUGUGAGUAUAAAUUAAUCCAAGCGAUUAAAUGGGUCCAGUUCCUCGUCUGUGAUGUUGGAUCAAAAAGUCCUGAGUGCCACAGUAGCUGAUUGUGGUAUGUUGUCUCCAGCUGGGUACUUCAGUCACUUGUGUGACAGUUAAAACAAUAAAGAGUGGGUUUCCAGGGGCUGCAUGGUAAUAAUUUAUAGUUCUGUAAUCUCAUAGUCCCAGAUGCUUAUAACCUAAGAAUACAAAACUCCAAAUAUUCUGCUAAGAAUGCAGAAUAAUACCUUGCUUACCUGAAUGUUCUCUUUGCCAAAUGCUUGGCACCUCAGAGAAUCUGGCCUGAAGUAGCUGUGGGAUUCAGGAGUUCUCACAUACUUCCACGUGUCUGGGUUUUUUUCCCCUUUUCUCAUCCUUCUUGGUUCUAGUGCCAUGCUCAUUUUGUGGAGGGGGGAGGUGUUUUUGUCUGAUUCUUGUCUUUCCCUGCAAUGUGCUGUAUGCUUACCCAGGGAAGUGGUUGAAUCUCCAUCCCUGGAGGUAUUCAAAAGAAGCAUAAACAUGGUGCUUAGGGACACGGUUUAGUGGUGGACUUGGCAGUGUUCAGUUUACAGUUGGACUUGAUGAUCUUAAGGUCUUUUCCAACCUAAACAAUUCUAGGAUUCUAUGAAUUUGUAUUGGAUACCCGGGGCAUUAGUCCAACAGUUGGAAUUUUAGUUAAACGUGGUCUUGCUGAUGAGAGUGUUGGCCAUUGUGGCUGCUGCUUUUUUUUUUUUUUUUUUACAGGAAGUUAUCUACAGGUUAUUGGGUUCAGAUGGGUAAAGAAGAGUAACAGACUGCUAAAAUCAUGCAUUCUUAUUAGCACUUUUUCAAAAAAGAUUCAAAUCUCUGCUUUUUAUUUAUAGAUAAGAAUUGUCAAGAUUAAAAGCAAAAGAGAGACGAACAGGAAAAAGCUCAUAGCUGUAUGUCUCCAUGGUACUGAAGCUGUAUAUCUAGGUGCUUUGUACCCGCUGUAAUAUGAAUGUAAUCAAUUUACACUCCAUAACAUUAGCGGUUUGCUUCCAUGGUAACUUUUUCUCUAAAAAGGCUUAGAAGGAGCACUGAAAGUCUGAUUGCAGUAGGACUGUAAACAAUAGAGAACAUUCUUUUCUAGAAUGAUUUUACCUAUGAGGAAAAAAGCUAGCUGCCUACAAACCUAAUUUUUGUGUGUGUAUCUAAUGUCAUCCUUUGUCUCUGUUCAGAUAAUAUCUAUUUUUCUUUAUCUGGGAAACAGAUUAAAAGAUUGUUACAGUAUUCUCAGUAUGGGGUGCUUAUAAAGAGGAGCAAGAAAAGUCUUUGCAAGACUUUCCUCGGCUUAACUUUUAGUUCUCAUAUUGUGGUUUGAAACCUGUGAAGAUCAUUCUCUGGGAAAAAAACAAACCAACCAACCUGCUUGAACUUUAUCACAUGCAUUUACAUCACGGUGCAUAUACAAUAUGGAAAAAUAUAAAAAUGGCAAUAUUUACUGUUCAUCUACACUGAAUGGCCUGAAGCCAUUUCUUUUCUCCUGACACUUUCAGCUUUGAAAUCAUUUGAUGCAUUAGUCUAUAAAUAUUAAUAAACUGGACUGUUUUGAGGGCUCUUGAAGUUCAUUCUUAUAAGCCAGAUUUUCUUGGCAAAUGUUGUUAGAUGUAUUGCUUUAAUGUUCCUUAGCUUACUGAUCUUGCAGUUCUUGGCAUAGAAAAGACAAGUCAACAUGCAAUUUUCCAUUUAAGGAUUACAAAGAUCAUUUAUCUACCAAGGGCAAAUCCUAGUAAUAGUCAAAGCUUGUCUAUUUUGACUAUUAAGUCUGAUUAAAUAUACUUGCAUUCUUUCUCAUCUGGAUAAAUUUAAAACACUUCCAGAUAACAAAUAAAUUCUUCCAUUUAAAAAAAAUUGUAAUAUUGAAGCCUUGAAUAUAGUUCGUAACCAAAGCAAGGGGAAAGUGGGACUUUGUGAUGAUUUUUUUUUCUUUUUUGGGGGGGAGAGAUGGGGGCAUAAAUUAGAGUAUAUGGUACUGCUUAAAUUGAGGUGGUUUUUUUUCCCCAGAUUCUCUGCUAAUUGUAUUGCUAAAAUGCACUUUUGUAUAGAAAACUGUCCUCUGUACAUUCUGUAUCUACACGAUGUUUAUAGAGAUUUUUCUGAGGUUGUGAAGGAUUUACUGAAAGAUGCGAUGCUGGUGACUGAUGCUGUUGAUUUCAAGUUUUCAUUGUAUUUGAAAAUAGUUAUGUGCAUAUUGAAAUACAGGUUGGAAUUAAAAUUGAUGACGUAGCAAAGAUA